AUGUCGUCGGCACGAGCAAAGAAAAUUUUAGCUAUGGCAUCCAAAGCAUACGACGAAAAUAAUCUUACAUCUCUGCCAAAUACAACAUGCUUUACUCAGGAGACCAUUGUCGAAGAUACAAGUCUGGAUGAAAUUUCAGAUGAUUUCACUCCAAAUUCCGAAAAAAAUGUCUAUUUCACUCAGAAAAAAUGCUCAGAUUCAACAGAACCGACUGGUUUUUCUCCUGACUGUCAAAAUAGUACUCUCUCUUAUGACGGAAUCAAGAAUGGAGCACUUGAUUUCGAACGUUCACCUGCGGUUCAAACUCUACCUGACAUCAUUGAAAAUGACGAGAAUGUAUCAGGAAAUUAUUCUCAAAAAACCCUUCAUAUUGAUGCGAAUUCCUCUGAGCCUCAGAAUGAAAUACCCCACCCCUUGCCCAAUACGGAUACCACUGAGCAGCACCAAGAGCCGACUAAGGAAAAUGCAGAGGAGCCAGGUUCUUAUGUACCGAAGCCAGGUUGUUCUGCGGGGAAGCCAAGUUCAGAAUACUCUGUAUCAUACGAUGAUGAAAGCCCUACAAUUUUACGAUUAACAAAAAGGAAUUAUUAUGUUUCACCACUCCAUAGCGACGAAAGUGAUAUUGACGACUCUGAUGCCGACCCCAAUUUCACGGUCGAUAAUUCUCCAGAGGCUGGACGAAGUUCACACGAUACUGACAAAGAAAAUAUUCAAAGCGAUGAAUCUGUGUCAGCAGAACCAGAUAAUACGAAUAAAGGAAAGAAAAGGAAACUGAAUGCACAAGAGUGGGGAGUGAAAAAGACGAAGCUACUUCGAAAUUCCGGUAAGGCUUAUACUUCAUGUUCCAAAUCAAAGAAGAAGUUUCCUGAGAGAAAACUUCGUCCGGCUUGUACGGAAAAAUGUAGAUUAGGUUGUUCUGCAAAAAUCAGUGAGGCAGCAACACUUGAUAUAAACAAUAGGCCUAUUCGCACAACUGUGAUGAAGAAAAGUGAUACUGGGUUUCUGUCCCAAGAUAGAAGAGGUAAACAUGGAAAGCAACUGGUUCUUGCUCCAGAAAUAAAAGAUAGUGUGAGGAGAUUUAUAAGAGCAAUACCUACAAUAGAAUCUCACUAUCUUAGAGCACAAACAACUCGGGAAUACAUAGAAGGAGGAAAAAGUUUAGCAGAUUUGUACAGAGUCUAUAAGGAAGAACGUGAGAGGCAUCAUUUACCAAUAGCAAAUUCAGAUGGCGAAUUUAAUAUUUCCUUUUAUGCCCCGAAAAAAGAUCAAUGCGAUCAGUGUGAAUCAUACAAAAACUCAGACCAAGAAGGAAAAGCUAAGCUGGUUGAAUCUUACAAUCUCCAUUUGGAAAAAAAAAGCUCUCUAGGGAACAGAAGAGUAUUGACAAAAAUAUAG